AACCACACUUUCGGGACACAAAUUUGUGGCAGUUUUCAGCUUCUUCAUCCUACAACCGCAAUUCUGACAUCACAUUUUAACCCUAUCAAAACGCUUCUUUUUUUGGAUACAUUAGAAAAAGUUUACCUGCCAGUUUCAAAUUGGAUACCAUGUUGAAUAGGCUACAAUAUGAAAGAAGAAUGAAGAAAGAAAAUUGAGAGUACAGAGAUAUUUUGGCAGCCGUAAACGUUUUUGUUUAGUUUUUGUUUAACUUGUUUUCCUUUAAUGUCCUGUUCGAAUUACGCAAUAUCACAUUUACUUGGAAAAGGCUUCUGGCUUUGUUCUUGCGGUAGACUGAUCGUGUGGUGUUUAGUGUCACUUAGUGUGUGGGAUACCAAAUUUGCCGAAGACGUCUUGAUUUCUCUUCGUGAAAACUAAAAACUAAAAAUUCCUUCAACAGUUCUACGUUCGCUAGACUGGCUUCUUUCUUUUUCUUUUGAUAAGGAAGCGCUCGUAUUCACAACGUCAGGAAUCGACAAGGAGUUAUUUCAGGACAGUUGCAAAGGGAAAAGUGACUUUUUUAAAACAGUGAUUAAAAUUUACACCAAAUUCGUGUGUCAAUGUACCAUCGAAGAUAUUCACUCCGACACCGUUCAGAACGCACUUUUGUAUCUUCAGCGCAGCUGUAGUCUGCCUGCUACGUUCCAAGGAGGAUAUUUUAUCGUUGAAAAAUCUGUUGUAUGUCUGUUUCGGCCGUCUUACCUUCUAUAAUAUAGUGUUGUGAUGCGCAUUCCCGUAGAUCCCAGCACGAGCCGCAGGUUCAGCCCCCCGUCCAGUAGUCUACAGCCUGUCCCGGGGAAAAUGAGCGAUGUGAAUACAGCGACAGGGCAACAAGACACGUCUCCAGCUGUGCCGAGACUUCGGCCGCACGAUAACCGCACCAUGGUGGAAAUCAUCGCUGACCACCCCGCCGAACUUGUCCGGACUGACAGUCCAAAUUUCCUUUGCUCCAUCCUGCCAUCUCAUUGGAGGUGUAAUAAAACUCUACCCGUCGCUUUCAAGGUGGUGGCACUGGGAGAAGUGCCUGAUGGGACCGUUGUCACGGUGAUGGCGGGCAACGACGAGAACUACUCGGCCGAACUUCGGAACGCCUCCGCUGUCAUGAAGAACCAAGUGGCCCGCUUCAAUGACCUGAGGUUCGUGGGCCGGAGCGGAAGAGGUAAAAGCUUCACUCUGACCAUCACUGUGUUCUCCAACCCGCCCCAGGUGGCCACCUACCACCGAGCCAUCAAGGUUACUGUGGAUGGACCACGUGAACCACGCCGACACAGGCAGAAACUGGAGGAUGCACCAAAGACUGGCCUGUUUUCAGAUCGCCUGAGCGAGCUGGAGAGACUACGUCACACCACCAUGAGGGUCGCCGUGCCGACACAAAGCCCCCGCCCGACACUGAACGCGGGACCAAACUCUUUCACCUCCCAGGGACAAACGCAGAUAUCAGCAGACCCGCGGCAGUCCCAAUCCCCACCUCCCUGGUCCUACGAGCAGCCCUACACACCCUACCUGAGCCAGGUGACGCCCCCCGCCAUACACCCCACCACGCCCCUCUCCUCCACCCGCGCGACAGGCCUACCCGCCAUCAGCGACGUGCCACGCCGUCUCUCAGGUGCUGCUGACCUGAGCCCUUUCUCGGACCCAAGGCAGUUUGAGCGUCAGUUCCCCGGCCUUUCCUCGCUCACCGAGAGCCGCUUCUCCAAUCCCAGAAUGCACUACCCUGGCACCUUCACCUACACGCCUACGCCUGUCACCUCCGCCAUGUCUCUGGGCAUGUCAUCUUCCAGCCAUUACCACACAUACCUGCCACCGCCCUACCCUGGCUCCACCCAAAACCAAAGUGGACCAUUCCAGACCAGCAGCACUCCCUAUCUCUACUAUGGGGCCUCCUCUGGAUCGUACCCAUUCUCCAUGGUUCCUGGGGGGGAUCGCUCGCCGUCCCGGAUGCUCCCUCCUUGCACCAGCGUCACCACAGGAGGCUCUGCCCUGGCCAGCCAGGCGGAGGUGACAGAGGCUGACGGAAGCCACAGCAGCUCGCCGACAGUGCUGAACUCCAGCGGCCGGAUGGACGAGUCCGUUUGGCGGCCAUACUGACAGCAUCUGACGGUCAGGAGACCCGGAGUCCACUCAAGAGCCCUACUGCCUUCAAGUAGAGCGUCAGCGGUCAGAUACCAGAAUCAUUUUUUGUUGUUAUUGUUUUUUAAAGCACAAGCCAUCAUGAGGAAUACUUGUUCCAUUUACAGGAACCAUCCAUCUUUUCGCCAUCUGUGUAAGUUCAGUGGUAAUCAGGAUUCGCAGUAGAGAUGCUUUGCCACUGAAGACCUGUGUGCCACUGAAAUGAAUUCUCUCUGAGCAGCAGGGGGUUGUGGGGGCAGGAAAAAGUGGUACAGGGAAAGUGGGUACAGGCGUUUCCCCCGAUGCUUUCCGCAUUCCACUGCUGGUUCUGGUCAUAGCCAGCAGCAGCAGCUCUGUUUAAGCAUAUUUUUCUAUCCAAACUGAACUUGACUCAGUUUUAACACUGAAUGUCCACAUUCUCCUCGGCUGUAUUUAUGCGUGUGACAGAAGCACAGGUUCAUGUUGAACAACAGAGGUACAUCUACGUGUUCGUGCUGUCUUACAGACUUUUAUUUAAAGGUAAAUGGUAGCUGGUAAGCUGGCACAGAUUGAGAUGAAAUGUCUUAUAAAGCCAUAAGUUAUAUAAUGUUUGUGUAAAGGGAUCUCUUUGACGCUUGAAUACUAUUUUUGGAUCAUCUCUUAUAAGUUAAUGUAUUCAUGUUAGUAAUUUAAGCGAUAUAUUUUAUUUUGGAGCAGCCAUGGACAUGCUGUUUGUUAACUUUGUGUUAAGUUAAGAAAACUAUGAAGGUCAGAGUUUUAAAGAUCAGCUAUGAUUUGUAAAGAAAAAUGUUUGAAAUGUUUUUUUUUGUGAACACAUCUCCAUCUCAUUAGCCUAAUCACCAAUCUGAGACUUUGCUUUGUUAUGAGAGUAAUGUACAGUAUAGUACUGUAAAGGUAAACAUCAGCUGUUGAGACACGCGUUAUGGUAAGCAAAAACAAAAAACUGAAAUAUGCAUGCUGUUUCUUUCUGAGACGUUGUAUUUAAUUUUUAACAAACCUGUACAUACAUGUAUUGUGAAAAGGAUAAUUCAUGAUAAUUAUAUGCAACAGGCUUAUAUUUUCCCUCCACAAUGGCAAAACUGAUAUUCUCAAUCAAGAGAGGGCAUUCCCCUCUCUCGGAGUUUAGAGUUAAUUAUAUAUUGUUCCUUCUCUCCAACUAAUUUAUUUUCAUGUGCUUUCUUUAAAAAUCCACAACUACCCUAGGAUUCAAGUGUUUUUUGUUAACUGAAGAUAGUUUGUAGUUUAUGUACAUACUGCCUGACACAGUAUGUACUAUAAAAAUAGAACUACUAAUAUAAACAUGGACAAUCUUUGUUCUCUGUGAUCAUGAAAAGCUGGAGUUCAGUUAAAAAUGAAUGGGUGAUGAUACACUAAUAAUCAAACUUUGCACUUAAACAAGGCUUCGGUUGCCAUGUAGGUCUCAAACAGACAACAUUAAGACAUCAAUAGAAAUAAUGUACUGUACAUGCAGUAGUUUUUUAAUAAUUAAUGAAACUCUUCUGAGAUUUCCCCCUUGAGAUUAGUCUCGCUGAAGAAUGCAAAAACCCCACUUAAUCGCCGUUGUUUUCUUUGAUAGAGAGGGCUUCUCUGUCAUCUCAGGCCUGUCUGCUGAACUUCAAUUGGAGCAUUACCUUUAAAAUAACUCUUUAAAAUAACUGUCUACAACAGUAUAUAAAUAUGUCACCUAUAAAUUUUGAUCCAAAACAAAUUACUAUGGUAAAAUCAUAUAUUUCAAGUUGGCACAUGCUUAAGGGAAAGCAGACAUAAAGCAAGACUAUUAUCAUCAUCAAAAACAGGUUGUAAAAAGGUUUUGAUAGUUUACAUGCAUAUGCUGCAAACCACACAGGUUUACUCAUUGGUUUACUGGAAUGAGUAUAAGGUACUUUUAAACUUAUAAAAUGUGUUUAUUUCAAGAGUUCCAUUCAAGGAAAGUGAAAAGAUGAAGCAUAAGCAAUAAAGUUUUGUUUAAUAGUCAGUAUGCUCUAUAAACCUCUUCUCAAAGUAUUUCACUGGUGCUUCCACUGAAAAAAAAAAUCGAAUGCCCUCUAAAACUGAAGAAACUAUGGAGUUUAAUACAAAAAUUAGUGCAAUGCAGACCAUAAAAUGUUAUUUACAAACAAUAUUUUAUUGCCUGCGUGAGCUAUUUUUAUAUGAAUAAUGACUUCUUAAUGUGUUCAGAAUUCAUUUAUUUGUUGUGAUGUCCUGCUUAAGUCAUUUAUUUCAUCGGCACUUACAAAGGUGUUUGACUCCAGGACUCAUGAGAAUAAUGCUACCAUUACAAAAUGUCAUCUAUUUUAGAAAAAGAAAAAAGGUACUAUAUUUGUAUUCAUAUUUUUGUAAUUAUUGGUGAAAAGGGCUCCAGUGAUAUGUAUAACAAUGUUAUACUCAUAUAAUGAGUGGUACAGUAGGUAUGCUUUAAAAAUAUUGUGUAAAAUGUAAUUUAAAAAAGAAACAGGCUGCAGGCAGCACCCAGGGAAAGCGUGAUAUGUAAUAAUGAUUUUGUAUGUACAGUAUGUGUACAGAAUGGCACUUCUUUUUGUUUGGUGGUUUCAUCUCUAAACCCUGAGGCCUUGAUAAAUUCUUGGAAAAUGGGUCUGUGCUCAGAACAGUCUGCUUUUGAGGCCAAAUUUGCAGUAUCACAAAACGCAAAACAGGGCAGGAUAAUGUCUCGUCCCCUAGUCCAAAACUGCAAUGUACACUAAGCUCAAUUUUGUGCUUGACAGAUGCAAGGUUCAGAGUUUCACAUUUAUGAAAUGUGUAGUGUUGGUACGUUAGGAAAAGGGUAACACGUCCUUUUAUUAGCCUCAGAAUGGUAAGGACAAAGGACAAAUUGCAAUUCAUUUGAAUUAAGCCAUAGUCUUAACUCAUUCGAAGUGAAUUGCAACUUAUUGCAAAUUGUUUAAGUAUUUAAAGUAAAGUAUUUAAGUAUUUAACCAAUUUCAGCAUGUUUUUAUGUUACUUUAAGCGACAGGCUGGCGAUUCUUGAAAUAAUGAAACAAAGAGAACGCCCCUCAAUAAAGUUAAAAAAGGCUAUUUUGAAGAAGGCUGCACAUUGCAGCAGUGCUUUCUGUGAUGUGUUUUUUCUUGACACACAGAGAAUCCUUCUUAUUCUUUGGUCAGAUCAGAUGCAAUAUGUAGCAGAUUUUGGCUACAAACCAAACAUUUGUGCCUCAGAUGUAAUAUGAAUGUAAUUCUUAUUACGGUUAAUAGUUAAUAAACAAAACAUUAAGAAUAAGUUGUUAUUUAUGUAAAACUGAAUGGAUCGUUCCAGCAUAGAUGCCUAUACAUAAUCUGGACCACAUUCUAAUAUGAGGCUUUAAGCUUUAAUUUUUCUUGGCUGUGAAGUGCAAAUUGGCUAAAUUCGAAAUGCCCCCUGGUGCGUAUUUGUGUCACCGCAGUUAUAUUAUCUGAUAAUACAAAAAGAAUGGCUUAUGUCAGGUCUUUCAAAACACGGAAUAGUGACCAUGAAACACAAUCGUCCACUCUGAGAACAUCCUGCUGUCUCAGGCUCUGAAACCAAGGAUUUAUGACACUAUGUUGUUUUACACAGAGAUAAGAGCUGAACUUUGUUUACAUAAUAAAAGUUAUAUCUCUGCAUACUUUAUCAUCUGCAUAAAUGCUGGAUGUACAAUCUGCCCGUCGUAUUUCCAUACGGACCUCUGUUUUACGUUUUUUUUUACUCUGAAUAUGUUCUUCUGUUACACUUUUCUUCUUUUUUUUCCGACUGCUGCAAACUGAAGAGGAGCCGUGUUUGUACCGUGUAUAAAAACUGAGUCAUCCGCAGUGCUGCGAGCACAUCCUGUACAGACUGUCCAGUUUGCUUGUUUGCUCAGUUUGCCUUUGUGUCUGAUGCUCCAUCGAUUGUGGAAAACGUUUUUGUUUUUUCAGGAUGAUCAAAAACUAUCCAUAUGGAUCGUUUUGUGGUCCGAUAUGUCUGGUUUUGAUUGUAACAUUUGUUUUUCAAAAAAAUAAAGAAGUCUUUUUGUAAGAA